UGGCCCCCACACGGACAUUGAACAAUUUCUCUCUCUAAACAUCCCCAUCUUGUUUUCUUCUUCAACUUUUCCUCUUCAACUCCAUCUACACACCUUCAUUCAUGUUAGUCCAAACCUCAGGACCCAUUUUCCGAACUUUCUCUCUCCGAGUCUAUCUCCUUUUCUCUGAGAUUACGCAUGCGCAUAUGUAAUUCAUUCAUAUUGUAUUAAUACAUAGAACUUUUCACUAUCUUUCUCUUUUACUUGGUCAAUCUGUGAAAAUGCCUGGUUGGUGGGGGAAAAAAUCCACCAAGAACAAAGAUCAACUUCAUCAACGAGAAAUCCAACAAUAUCCCAACAGCAAUUCUCACAAUUCAAGCAAAGCUUCAAUCAGAAAUGAUAAGAAGAGAGGCAAAGACAACAAGCCCAAGAGUUUUGAUGGAAUAUUAUCGCGAAAUUCGCCAAGAAACAGCAAGGAUUUCGGUGGGUCUUCGGGAUUUUCAGGUUUCGAUGCGUCGUCGGACAGAGGGCAUCCUUUGCCACGACCAUCGGUUUCGUCGUUGGGGAAUGAUCAUGGGGUUGGAUUGGGAUCUGGGUCGGUCUCGGUUUCGAGUGUGAGCUCAUCUGGGUCUUCUGAUGAUCAAGCUCAUCUUGAUCAUGGCCAAUUGGGUGGUUUCAGAGGACAUGGGGAUGCGAAGUUCAGCCAACUGCCCAGAAGCCCAGGUGCAGGUUCAAGAGGGACUACCACUACCACUAUCACAUCACCUCUUCAUCACCGAUUUUGUGGGACGAGUGUUGACUCUCCAACCGGAAAGUUGGAAGAUGGAAAGAGUGAAUGUCAUCGGCUGCCCCUUCCACCUGGUUCUCCUACGAGCCCUUCUGCCUUGCCCACCCCAAGAACCUGUGGAGUGACCGAAUACUCACAUUGUAAUUUGUCAAAAUGGAAAAAAGGAAGGCUUCUAGGAAGAGGCACUUUUGGGCAUGUUUACCUCGGGUUCAACAGUGAGAGUGGGCAAAUGUGUGCAAUUAAAGAGGUCAAGGUUAUUGCAGAUGAUCCGACAUCGAAGGAAUGUCUGAAGCAGUUGAACCAGGAGAUCAGUUUGCUUAGUCAGCUUUCACAUCCAAAUAUUGUUCAGUACUAUGGAAGUGAACUGAAUGAAGAAACGUUGUCUGUUUACUUGGAAUAUGUCUCUGGGGGCUCCAUCCACAAAUUGCUCCAAGAAUAUGGUGCAUUUGGGGAACCUGUAAUACAAAAUUACACUAGACAGAUCCUCUCUGGGCUGGCCUACUUACAUGGAAGAAAUACUGUGCAUAGGGAUAUCAAAGGCGCGAACAUUUUAGUGGACCCCAAUGGUGAAAUCAAACUUGCUGAUUUUGGCAUGGCAAAACAUAUAACCGCAUAUUCUUCAAUGCUUUCCUUCAAAGGUAGUCCUUAUUGGAUGGCACCUGAGGUCGUAAUGAAUGCAAAUGGCUACAGCCUUGCAGUGGACAUCUGGAGCUUAGGAUGUACAAUUCUUGAAAUGGCCACAUCCAAACCACCUUGGAGCCAAUAUGAAGGGGUGGCUGCAAUAUUUAAAAUUGGAAACAGCAAAGAGAUUCCUGAAAUUCCUGAUCAUCUGUCUAAUGAUGCAAAAAGUUUCAUAAGGCUGUGCUUGCAGCGAGAGCCAUCUGCACGCCCAGCUGCCUUACAACUACUAGAUCACCCUUUCGUUCGCGACCAAGCUACCUCAAGAGUUGCCAAUGCCAACAUCACCAAGGAAGCCUUUCCUUAUACAUUUGAUGGAAGUCGCACACCGAAUGCUUUAGAGCUGCACUCCAACAGAACAAAUAUAAGUCCUUCUAAUGGAGACUAUGUGUUGAAACCAGUGGUCACUGUCUCAAGAACUUUGGCUAGCCCAAGGGAUAAUGCAAGAACGGUCAUGUCUUCUCCUGUAUCUCCCUGUUCAAGCCCUUUGCGACAACAUGGCCCAGCAUACAGGAGCUGUUUUCUCUCUACUCCUCAGACAUCUUAUGCUUUGGUGGGGCUAAGUGGUUACAAUUUGAAUGAUUACUCGAUGCUUCCAACGAGACCCAACACAAGAACUACUCUUGAUCCAUGGAAUGAAAUUUCCAUGUUCAAAGCCCAAACACCUGGUAGAUCCCCAAGAACGAGGCCCAUUUUAUAGUGUGCAAUGACGGAUGAAGCAAAUCUGCUGUAUUGCACCAAGGUCCCCACCGACUAAGAAUCACAUGUAAAUUAUGAGCUCUCAUUGGAGUAAGAAUUUGGUUGGGUCUUAUGAUGGAGAAUGUAAAUUGUGAGGGUGCUAGUUUGUUUCUUCCUCGAGAGACAGAGCAUGAGACAGGAUGAAGGGAUUUGUAGGAAACCCGUCUCUGGACGCAGUAGGAAGGUGUUGCAUUACUUGAUACUGUAACUGUCUCCUCUACUUGAUUCGAAUGUAUAUUAAAGAUGGCCACAGUGAUCUUUAAAUUUGUAUUGCAGUUGGCAAAAAUGCAAUGGAUGUCAAUUGCACAAGAUCCUUGCACGUUGAGCUAAAUUUUUGAAAAGUUUGUAGAUUGGUCUCUUCGAUCAAGUCAUGUUAUACCUAGAGCCAGUUUCUCAUUGAUAGCAUAUUGGCAUUGGAGUUGGGAGCCAAUUUAGCACAAAAAUCAGAUGGGUAGAGUCUAUUCUAGUUCAGAGUCAACUUCCUUAUUUUCCUUGGUCUCAGGUAUGUCAUUAAAAACAAAGGCACAAGAACUUGGCUGAUUAGUAUUUGUGUUUCAUAAGGUCCUUCUGGGUUCGAAGAUAAUCUUCUAUAUCAAUGGUGUUUCAUAAUGGACGUUGAACACUUAUCUCUAUCAAUUUUUUUUUCAUGAUG